GUCCCAGGGCCCUCUUCCAGUCAGCCCAGCAUCCGUAGCCAACAACCCAAUGCAUCAUUAUCCUUUCCAGACCCAGCGUGCGGCUGAGCUUCCUGAGAUCCUUUAGCCACACAUCCUCAACUUAGCUACGAACGGCAUCAUUGCAUUGACGAACAGUGUUGACGUCCGGUUAGGGCCUCGAGCUGGUUGGCCUGCGACAAGCCCACUUUACUGCUGGCCUGAAGGCGCAGGCGGCGGGUGCCAUUAUUAUUAUCUGACAGAGGCGGCGGUAACGGCUGUGAGAGCACCCGCUACGGCCGGUGGAGCCUUACAUGACCGCGACACUCGACCAAGCAGUCUCUCCAGAUUUGGAUGCUUGCCAUGCUCUCUGAUUUCCAACGCAGAUCUCGUGCAUGCCCUUGACCCACCAGGGGGCGCUGUUAUUCACGACUGGGCCAUUGAAUCUAUUUUCACCUGGCGUGCCUUGGGAUCCGUCUCCUAUAUGAUAGCCUACCACCCCGUCCACUCGCUCACACUCUCGUUAAGCAACGCUCGUUUGAAGUUCGUCGACUGAUCACCAGCACCAUGGAGGAGGUCUACGUCUUCGGCGACCAAACGGCUGACUGCCGGGCGUUCUUCACCAAGGUCUUUACCCGGAAGGACAAUGUCCUCUUGCAGAGCUUCCUGGAAAGAGCUGGUGAAGCCGUCAGAUUCGAAAACCAGAACCGAUCACAUCCCUCCAAAGCAGUCCCUAAUUUCUCUACCAUCCAAGAGCUUGUCGACCGUUAUUACAGAGGUGACGCGAAGGAUGCCGCGACCGAGAGUGCUCUCGUUUGCAUUUCACAGUUUUGUCAUUUCAUUGGUGCCUUUGAGGAGAGACGGCCUUCGUAUAUUCAACCUAAUUCAGAUGCUCGACUAGUCGGUCUGUGCACAGGUCUAAUUGCUGCGACCGCAGUCGCUGCCUCAGAUUCCCUGACAGCCCUUAUUCCUUUGGCGGUCGAAGCGGUCCGGAUAGCGUUCAGAGCUGGUGCCCACGUGGGAAAAGUUGCACAGCAGACAGAAUGUGACUCCAAGACUCAAUCGUGGUCCACCAUCGUUGCUGCCGACGAGAAAUCUGCGCAGGAGGCUCUGGAUGCCUUUCACAAAGAGAAGGGUACAUCACCCAUCAACCAGUUGUGGAUCAGUGCUUCUUCCGCCACCUCAGUCACCAUUAGCGGUCCGCCAUCGACCAAAGCCCGUCUUUUCGAAGAGUCAGAGUUCUUCCGCACACAAAAGAGUGCUCCAGUGUCAAUAUUCGCUCCCUAUCACGCAUCGCACCUACACUCGCAAUCCGAUUUGGACAAAAUCUUACGACCGCAGACCAAGACAAUCUUUGGCAAUACCACAGUGCGGUUUCCCGUCUGCUCAAGCGUGACCGGCAAACCGUUCAACGCUGAAAAUGGGUUUGAGCUUCUCCAGGCCGCGUUGAAAGAAAUCAUAAUCGAUCCCCUGCGAUGGGACAAGGUGUUGAAAUAUUGUGCGGCAGGGAAGGCGUCGGAAGCCAAGGUAUUCGCUGUUGGACCGACAAACCUGGCGAGCAGUGUGGUCUCCGCUCUCAAAGCCUCAACAACGAAGGUCACGCUGGAAGACCACUCCACCUGGAGUACAGUGCCACCGCAGGGAACGCGUCAUUCAAAACGAGAGGCUGAUAUCGCUAUUGUCGGCUUCUCUGGUCGCUUCCCCGACGCCGCAGAUAAUGAGCUUUUCUGGCAAUUGUUGGAACGUGGCUUGGAUGUUCACCGGCCGGUCCCUCCCGACAGGUUCCCUGUCGAGAGCCACACUGAUCCAAGUGGAAAGAAGAAGAACACCUCUCACACACCGUUUGGCAAUUUUAUUGAGAAGCCAGGCUUGUUUGACGCGAGGUUCUUCAAUAUGUCACCAAGAGAAGCCGCACAAACUGACCCCAUGCAGCGGCUGAUGUUGACCACCGGCUAUGAGGCUAUGGAAAUGGCUGGCAUCGUCCCUGGCAGAACACCCUCGACGAAGCAUGACAGAAUUGGCACUUUCUACGGUCAAACCUCAGACGAUUGGCGUGAGGUCAAUGCCGCCCAGGAUAUUGAUACAUAUUUCAUUUCAGGUGGCGUGCGCGCCUUCGGACCUGGUCGGAUCAACUACUUUUUUAAGUUUUCCGGACCUAGUUUCUCGGUCGACACUGCCUGCUCAUCCAGCUUUGCCGCUAUGAACGUCGCAAUCACAUCUCUCAGAGCAAAUGAGUGCGAUACUGUGUUCACGGGUGGUGCCAAUGUGCUCACGAACUCUGACAUUUUCUCUGGUCUCAGCAGAGGCCACUUCUUGUCCAAAACCGGGUCUUGCAAGACAUGGGAUAAUGACGCUGAUGGCUACUGCCGCGGCGAUGGUGUUUGCACGGUCAUCAUGAAGCGUCUUGACGAUGCCCUUGCGGAUCGAGACCCUGUUCUGGGUGUUAUCCGCGGUAUUGGCACGAACCAUUCAGCAGAAGCCGUUUCUAUCACCCAUCCCUGUGCGGAGAAUCAGGCAUUCUUGUUCGACAAGGUGCUCAAAGAGUGCAACGUUCACUGCAAUGACGUCAACUACGUUGAGAUGCACGGCACAGGCACGCAGGCAGGCGACGGCAUCGAGAUGGAAUCUGUCUCAUCUGUUUUUGCCCCACGACAGCCUCGAAGACGUCCUGACCAGCCUCUCUACGUUGGUGCAGUCAAGUCAAACAUCGGUCACGGUGAGGCCGUUUCUGGCGUAUCCGCUCUGAUCAAGGUGCUCCUUAUGCUGCAAAAGAACAAGAUCCCGCCUCAUACCGGCAUCAAAAAACAGAUCAACAAGAACUUUGCACCAGAUCUCAAGGAGCGCAACGUCAAUAUUGCCUUCCAGACAACGCCUUUUCCACGCCCACCUGGUGGCAAGCGAACUGUGUUCAUCAACAACUUUAGUGCAGCUGGUGGUAACACAGCGAUGCUUUUGCAAGAUGGCCCGGAGGUCCCAACGGAGCCCUCCUCUGACCCAAGAUCGACCCAUGUGGUGACACUCUCAGCGAAAUCUUUGGCCGCUUUUAAGAGGACCCUUGCCAAAUACGAAGCCUAUUUGAAUGCGCACCCGAAUGUCGGCCUUCCCGACCUUGCAUACACUGUCACGGCCCGCCGGGCGCAUUACAGCUACCGCGCCGCCUUCCCAGUUCAGUCAAUUUCUCAGUUGCAAGCUUCGUUGAGGGCCAUUCAGGACCAGACCCACAACCCGAUCCCCCUUGCCUCACCUCAGAUUGCUAUGGCUUUUACAGGGCAAGGUUCACAGUACACUGGGAUGGGCCAGAAAUUGUUUGAGACAUCGAAGCAAUUCCGACAAGACAUCGAAGAGUUCAAUGAGAUCGCUCUUCGGCAGGGGCUCCCUUCUAUUAUGCCCUUGAUCGAUGGAUCUGUGGAAGUUCAGCAUCUACCGCCCACAGUCGUCCAACUCGGUAUGUGCUGUAUUCAAAUGGCUCUUACUCAUCUUUGGUCGACUUGGGGAAUUCAGCCCAGUGUUGUUAUCGGUCACUCCUUGGGAGAAUACGCUGCUCUCCAAGCCGCUGGCGUUCUGUCCAUUGCCGACACCAUCUAUCUGGUUGGUAAGCGAGCUCAGCUGCUGGAGCAGAAGUGCACAGCAGGCACUCAUGCGAUGCUUGCCGUGAGAUCUCCUGUUGGUGGGCUCCAGGAUGUGGUUGCCAAUAGCCAUGGCAAGAUUGAAAUUGCGUGCAUCAACGGCGUGUCUGACACUGUUCUUUCCGGCACAAUGGGCGAUAUUGAUACCGUCGCUCAAAAACUGGCGGACGCUGGCCAGAAGUGCACCAAGUUGAAGUUGCCAUUCGCAUUUCAUUCAUCCCAAGUCGAUCCCAUUUUGGCAGACUUCGAAAAAUUGGCCUCUUCGGUCAAGUACCACGCACCCCGUGUUCCUGUCAUCUCGCCGCUGUUGAGCGAUGUUGUCAGUGUCGGGGGCGUCUUCGAUGCAUUCUACCUCAGUAGACACUGCCGCAAGACAGUCGACUUUGUCGGUGGGUUGUCCGCUGGUAUGUCAACCGCCACCAUUAGCGAUACUUCGCUUUGGCUCGAGGUUGGCGGUCACCCCCUCUGCGCCAGCAUGAUCAAAUCUUGCUUGUCAGUCCCAACCCUGGCCACGAUGCGCCGUGAUGAAGACCCCUGGAAGAUCAUUUCUGCGUCCAUGGCCGGCCUCUAUACGGCCGGGAAGUCUUUGAACUGGGAUGCAUUCCACAAGGAGAACGAGUCCUUGCGCGUGCUCAACGACUUGCCAUUCUAUGGAUUCGACGAGAAGAAUUACUGGUUACAGUACACUGGAGAUUGGCUUUUGUACAAGGGCGACUACCCCAAGGCGAUUGCCCCAGCUCCAGCCGCCGCUGCAGCAGCAGGGCCUGCCAAAGCGAGGAAAUAUCUGUCAACCUCCGUUCAAGGUAUUGUCUCCGAAGAGGUCAAGGGCAAGACUGUCACGAUUGUCGCCGAGUCCGACUUUGCGCACCCGAAAUUGUUCCCGGUCAUUGCCGGUCACCUUGUCAACGGCAGUGGUCUCUGCCCGUCCACAUUGUAUGCCGACAUGGCCUACACCCUGGUCAACUACGGCGUUGGCCUCCUGAAGCCGGGUGAGAAGGUGGACAUCAAUAUUGGCACAAUGGACAAUCCGGCACCUCUUCUGCUCAAGAACAUCAAUCAGCCUGAAAGCCAAAUUGUUCAAAUGACAAUGAAGAUCGAUCUCGAUGCCAGGAAAGCGGACUUCGCUGUGACCAGCAACAAUGGAAAGAAAGAUGUCACUCAUGCCAAGUGCGUGAUCGUCUUCGAAGAUGCUGCUGUUUGGAAAGAACAAUGGAGCAAGACUUCUUACCUGAUCCAGUCGAGAAUCGACAUGUUGAAACACAAGAUGGAGAAUGGUGAAGCCGACAAGGUUAGUCGCGCUAUGGCUUACAAGCUCUUCGGCGCCCUCGUUGACUACGCCGAUAUAUUCCAAGGCAUGCAGAGCGUGGUCUUUGAUGGACCGGAAUUCGAGGCGACGAGCAACAUCAGAUUCCGCGCUGGGCCGAACGAUGGCGACUUUUACUUCAGCCCCUAUUUCAUUGACAGCGCUUGCCACCUCUCAGGCUUCACCGUCAAUGCUACCGUCAACCCACAAGAUGAGUGCUACAUUUCUCAUGGUUGGUCCAGUCUCCGCUUCAUUGAGCCGCUGCAGCAUGACAAGCAAUACUACGCAUACGUCAAGAUGCAGCCAGUUGCAGGAAGCAAGAUGAGAGCUGGUGAUGUUUAUGUCUUCAACGCGGAUAAGGAGGUCGUCGGUCUUGCGGGUGGUGUGCGAUUCCAGUGCAUUCCCCGCAAGCUCAUGGAUGUGAUGAUGCCCAAACCUAAGGCCAAUGCAAAGGCUGCUUCCCCAGCAUCUGCGACCCCGAAAGCAGCUCCAACUGUCAAAGCCUCCAGCAACCUCGCUGCUCCUGCUUCCGUGGAACUGCCCACUCCCAAGGUCAAGGCGAAGAAGCCGGUUAAGGCACAAAAGAUCAAGGCACCAGCACCACCCAAGCAAGCCUCUUCUGGUAGUCUUGUCGUCCGGGCUUUCGAAAUCAUCGCAAAGGAGAUUGAUGUCGACCAAUCUGAACUCAAUGACGAUAUCCAAUGGGCUGACAUGGGUGUUGACAGCUUGAUGUCGCUGACCAUCUCUGGCAAGUUCAGGGAAGAUCUUGACCUCGAGGUUGAGAGCACCCUCUUCACCGAUUACGCCUCCGUGGGCGCCCUUCGGAAGCAUCUCAGCGGCAUGUCUGGUCCUGAGCCCAUUGCUACUGGUGAUGCAAGCUCGGUUGAAUCUACGGACUCGGGUUCGGAGAGCGACGAGGAUACCGUCGAGUCGGGCAUCACCACCCCGGACACCGAAGACUUCCCAGCGAAGCCUCAGGAACAGGGGAAAUCCGCUGCUGUCGAGGCGAUGGCUCAACCACCUUCCGCCGAAGGGCAGGAUAUGAUUGAGACCAUUCGCGUAGUCAUCGCCCAAGAAAUGGAGAUGGAUCUGGCUGAAAUCACGGACGCUACUGACCUCAGUAACCUCGGAAUGGACUCCUUGAUGGCCCUGACCGUUCUUGGGAAGCUUCGAGAGGAUCAUGACAUUGAUUUGGAUCCGACCAUCUUGGCGGACAAUCCAACCCUGGCGCACCUCCGCAAAGCAUUGGGUCUUGAGAAAGCCAAGCCGGCGCCUGCACCGAAACAAGAGGUCAGGACCAAUGUCGUUGUCGCUCCUGCUGCGCCUCCGGUUGAGGUUGUCGUGCAGAUGCCCCCCGCCACAUCUGUGUUGCUUCAGGGCAAUCCCAAGACAGCCACCAAGAAUCUGUUCUUGUUCCCUGAUGGCUCCGGGUCUGCCACAUCCUAUGUGUCUAUCCCGGCCAUUGACAGCAAGAACCUGGCUGUCUAUGGGUUAAAUUGUCCAUUCAUGAAAGAUCCCACCAGCUAUACUUGCGGGAUCGAAGGUGUCUCCAAGCUGUAUCUUGAAGAGGUCCUUCGCCGACAGCCUAAUGGUCCAUAUAUCCUCGGGGGCUGGUCAGCAGGUGGUGUCGUUGCUUACGAAGUCACCAGACAACUCAGUGACUUACAGAAGCUCCACCCUGACAAGAACUACACGGUUGAGAAGUUGAUUCUUAUCGACUCGCCAUGCCCGAUCCGUCUGGAGCCUCUACCUGCCCGCCUGCACCACUUCUUUGAUGAAAUUGGUCUUUUGGGGACAGGUACCGGCAAGACCCCGAACUGGCUGCUACCCCAUUUCGAAUACAGCAUCAAGGCGUUGACUGCCUACCGCCCUGAGCUGAAGUCUACACGUGAUUUCAAUGCACCACCCACCUUGCUCAUCUGGGCCACUGAUGGUGUCUGCGGCAAGCCCGGUGACCCGAGACCGCCGCCACAAGCGGAUGAUCCGAAGAGCAUGAAGUGGCUGCUGGAAAACCGCACGGACUUUGGACCCAAUGGAUGGGACAAGCUUUUGGGUGCUGAAGUCUGUAAAAUGGUUACAGUGGUUGGUAACCAUUUCACCAUGAUGAAACCACCGGUGGCUAAGGGUGUUGGUCAAUACAUCCGGGAGUCUCUCUCCAUGUAGAGAGCUUGACCUCGACAUCUGCAACUCUUCAGACUUGUUACGUAUAGAGAUCCUCGACACAGAGGGAUGGGGUUUUGAUGGACAUAGAAUUUUGCUCAUUUCACGAACGACUCUUCGUCACUAUGUUGGAAAAUUGGGGUUUGGAGCGUCAGCGGCCGCAUUUUUGCUGAGCAUUUCUAGAGCGUUGGGGGACUUUGUUUCUUGGUUCACUGGGCAGUGAACUUACAGACUGAUUGAUUGAUUGCAUCGGGGGGUUUUGCAUGCUUCCGCCGGACCAGCGGGUGGAUAGGCGUUUGCUACUUCUUUUUGUCUCUCUCUAAGAGGAUGUUUUUCCGCCUCUACAAGUUCCAUCCAUAGCCUAAGUUGUUACGAUAAGCCAGAUUUGCGGCUUUUAAUGCACAUCAUCAUUUUCCCAAA